CCUGCGGCGUCUCAUCAUGAACAGUUAUCAGAGUUAAUGACGUAAACAGGAGCUGCUGACAGCGCCCCCUGCAGGGAAUCAUUAUCUAGUGCACUGUUGCAGAAAACAGGAUGGAGACAGUCGUGGGGUGGGGGGGGGGUUGGUUCGGCUCAUGAGGGGGUGGGACUGUGUGAUGUACCAUUGUCAUGUGACCUCUGACCUAUGACAGGAUUCUCUCAUGUUUAUUUUCUAUGAGGUCACAGAAAAUCUUCAGUUGGGGGGAGGGGAGGGGGGGCAGUGGUCUCUGACUGACUGUGUGUGUGUGUGUCUUUAAAAAAACUCUAAUCCUUGUUUACGACCCCUGCUGAGAGAAGCUGACAUUAAACCAACACACACACACACACACACACACACACACACUCUCUCUCUCUCUCUCUCUCUCUCUCUCUCUCUCUAAUCCUCUGCCUGAGUCUCUGAUGUUUCUUUUUUUAGGGGCUGAAGAACUCCUUUCAGAAUUAAGUCUGUGCUCCUGGUCUGUGCUCCUGGUCUGUGGAUCCACGGACCAGUAUUGUGCAGGUUCUAAGACCAGAACCAUCAUUUUCAUUCUCCGUGUGUGUGUGUGUGUGUGUGUGUGUGUGUGUGAGAGAGAGAGAGAGAGAGAGAGCGGUGAAUGUCUCUCGCCCUCCUUGGUUUUCACAUCAUGACUCUGCUGCAGGAAGCUCCGCCCCCUCAGCCCCAGUCUACCUCUCUCUACCUCAGGCUCACUCUCUCCUCCCCUCCCUGUGUCUCUCUGCCUCUCUCACCUCCUCCUCCUCCUCUCCUCCUCUCAGGCUUCACUUGUGUUUCUGCCUCCUGCUCGUCGCUCCGUGCUCCUCCCUCUCUCCCCUUCUGUCCCUCUUUAUUCCACGCACAUCCUCCUCGUCUGUCUCUGUGUCUCUGUGUCUCUGUCUCCCGGGGACAUCUUUGUCUUCUCCUCUUCUUGAUCUCCUGGUCAUUUCUCCUGAACUCAGUGAUGUAGAUGCAGCAGCUCCUCCUUCUCCUCCUCACUCUGCUCCUCCUCUCAGUCCAGUUUUGGAAGGAUCUAACCGUCAGUGUGAACCUCCUGGUGCCUCCUGGUUCUGCUUGGGUUCUCCUGUCCUUUGAAGCCCUCCUCUCUGAAGGAUGCACCUCCACGGCUCCUUCUCCUCUCAGAUCCCAGACCCGCUCCCCUGAGGGGACUCAGAAAAACCAUGUCCCCCCUGAGCCGUCUGGUCCUGCCGUCCCUGGACUCCAGCCUCUGAGCAGCUCCGGGUCGUGUUGUUCUUCUGGAAGAAGGUUCUGGUUCUUGGACCGACCAAUCAGGACCACAGGUCCAUGUUGGAAUCCUCUCAAAACCUGGUCCAGGACAGGAAUGCUAAGUCCUGAACAGCCAUCAGAUCUGCCUUGUUUUGGCUCUGAUACCAGGAGGUGGAGUGAGCCAGGCAGAACCAGAACCAGAACCACAACCACAACCACAACCACAACCAGAACCACAACCAGAACCAGAGGCAUCUGCUGCUGCUUUACGGUGAAGGAAUCUUCCAGACGCUGCAACAAACCACGACUCAGCAACUUCACAAACUGAGAUGACCCAGGACCAGUGUUCUCACAGGAACAAUGUGUCAGAAAAACCGCAGCUCUACAAAGUUGGGAUCUACGGCUGGAGGAAACGCUGCCUUUACUUCUUCGUUCUUCUGCUGAUGAUCCUAAUUCUCAUCAACCUGGCUCUGACCAUCUGGAUCCUCAAGGUCAUGAACUUCACCAUCGAUGGGAUGGGGAACCUAAGAAUCACAGAGAAAGGUUUGAAGCUGGAGGGAGACUCAGAGUUUCUGCAGCCGCUCUACGCCAAAGAGAUUCACUCCAGACCUGGUCGUCCUCUUUUCCUGCAGUCGUCCAGAAACCUGUCAGUCAACGUCGUGGGCACCAACAACCAGCUGCUCACGCAACUGGUCACAGGAUCCAGUGGAUUCAAAGCCCAAGGAAAACUGUUUGAAGUCAAAUCCACAUCUGGGAAACUUCUGUUUUCUGCUGAUGAACAGGAAGUGGUGGUGGGAGCCGACCGACUGAGGGUCAUGGGAGCUGAAGGAGCUGUUUUCACCAAAUCAGUGGAGACGCCACAUGUGAGGGCUGAGCCUUUCAAGGAGCUGAGGCUGGAGUCUCCGACUCGCUCUCUGCUGAUGGAGGCUCCUAAGGGCGUCCAGAUCCUGGCUGAGGCUGGAGACAUCCAGGCCAUCUGCAGGAACGAGCUGAGGCUGGAGUCCAAGGACGGAGAGAUUUCCCUGGACGCUCGUCGGAUCCGUCUCAUGCGUCUUCCUGAAGGAAAAGCCUCGUCCUCGUCCGUGUCCUCUGGAAGCAGGCAGACGGUCUACGAGGUUUGUGUCUGUCCAAACGGACGUCUCUUCCUGUCUCAGGCUGGGACUGGCUCCACCUGCCAGAUCAGCAACAACAUCUGUCUGUAGAACAGAAAACAACCACAACCAGAAGCUGGUCCUGGUCCUGGUCCUGGUCCUGGUCCUGGUCCUGGUCCUGGUCCUGGUCCUGGUCCUGG